ACUGACAACUUCAAUUCAUCAUAAGAUGAUGGACACUUAAAGAGACAGCUGUGAAUUUCACAGCCAGAGAAGCACAUACAUAAAUAUGCACAUACAGUAAAAUACAGAGUGAAUUAUAUCCACUAGCUUAUAUUCUCAUUAAACAGACACAGAGCUUCAUUAAACUUGAGGCGAGCUGAGCCUCUGCUGGGAUGGGAAAUUCUGGGCAGAUGUGGUUAGCUUGCUGUAAUACCCUCUGGAGUUGGACUGCAUUUGCCCAGAAUGCUGCUGGUGUGUAGUCAGUCACAAAAUCAGGUUCGUUGCCUAAGAUGCAGUAGAAGUCCAACAGAGCUAAGAUGCCACAAACGUUUCCAACCAAACCUAAAAGCAUUUCCGCCUAUCUUUGUUAAUUUUCAAUGUCGCACUGUCCCGGGCCUCCAAUCCCACCCCAGUCCAGCUUUUAGCAGAGUUUUGAGUUUCCCAAGCCCCCCAGUGCCCUGGCUCGGUACACCCUCCCACUGCUUCACUCCCCCAGGCCUGACUGCCUGCCUGCCUGCUCUUCUUGGCAGUCAAACAGCCAGGGGAGGAUCAGGACGACCGGGCUGCCGAGAUAAGGACCAUAUGAAGUUCCCCACAUUACCUCACCCGAUAAGGAAACAAGCAGAGAGACACAGAGAGGGAGAGCGAGAGGGUCAGACUAAGAGGAAUUCUCUGGAUGGACGGUGAUGCUUAGGGAACCAGACAGUGACUAUGGCGCUUUCACCAGUUGUUUGAGGGUCUGAGUGGAACCGGGUCGCCACAGAGGUCCGGUGGACUUUGUGGAGUCUUUAGAUGCGGCAUAAAAAAUGAUCACAGAACAGAUUGUUUUGCUUUUCUUGAGAGUAGAUGAGUAAUCUCAGCUGUUGUUUAGCCAGUUUUUUAAAAUCUCACUAAGAUUUAAAAGAUGCUUUCAGACUAGAUGGAAAGAUGACCUCAGACUGAUUUCUGUAGUGUGUUUACCAAAGGACUUAAUAGAUGACAGUUUGACGACAAUCUUUAAUACGGGAAAGAAAACUCUCAAUCAGCCAAUAGAAGCAGACUGAACAAAAGUGAGUCUUGAGGAGGGUCUGCUGGGCCACUUCGGUAGCAUCCAUGGCGGUUAAUCCUCUGGAAGGUCUCAUGACGGUUGCAGCGAACCACCAGCUGGACUCCAGCUCCACGACGGAGCCACAGAGCCAGCAGCCCGGUGCAGCCGGCAACCCAGCAUCCCUGCACCGACAUAAGCAGAGCCUGCACAGCAGCCGGGAGCCCAGGAAGUGGGUACAGUCUAUGUGUGGGUCCAGAUCAAACUCUGGCUCCAGUUGUGGGUCUUCGGUCCAGCCCAGGUCGCUGAGGAAUCAUCACUCGCCGGAAAAUGCGGCACGAGAGAGGAGCCGCGUACGCAACCUGCGACAGGCCUUCCACAGUCUGCAGGCCGCUCUGCCCUCAGUCCCACCCGACACCAAGUUAUCCAAGCUGGAUGUUCUGGUUCUGGCUACCAACUACAUCGCCUACUUAACAGAGACCCUGGAUCAGGGAGGGAUUGUGGCUGAGCACACCCUGUCGUCCAGGCCGGGUGGAUACCUCCAUCCCGUUAAGAAGUGGCCCAUGCGUUCCCUGCUCUACUGCGGCAGCGUGGGAGAGCUGCUAUCAGGAGUCUCUGCCAAUCAGAUGCCCCCACCUGGACGGGAUGGGGCACACCCUCUGUCACCCUCCUUGGAAGCAGAUAAAGAGUGACGAUAGAGCAUGUGACUUUCACUGUGUUUUUUAAUUUUAUUUUUUUUUAUCUUCUAUCAUAACUAGCCAUGUAGCUACUAUUCAUGGCAAAGGACACAUCAAAGCCAGUUUUCCCAGAUACAUUCACUGAAUACAGUCUUGCAGUUUUCUGUUUAUCUAAGUAUGAAGGACAGGGCUCAAAUGUACGGCUACAAGGACAGUAGCCAUUUUUUUUUUUUUUAUCUCUGACCGUUGGAAAAGACAAUAAAUUAUGAAAGCUGAUUUUCCUUGUAGUUAUUUCAUUUAAUUCCUUAAUUCAACAUCCCGAUGAAUAUAAAAGUUUAAGUUUUGAUUUGUCACGUGUAUCUGCAUGUAUGCGCACUGGGAAAAAAACAAAAAGCUUGUAAAAAAGUCAUGGUUUUCCAUUGCCCUCAAAUAAAAGAGGAAGACAUACAGUAUACAUCAUUAUCUGAGCAUUAGACAGCAGGUUGUCAGGACCGGAUUUAACACAAGGAAAUGAAAAAGCUGCUUCACUUGACUAAUUAUGCCACAAAUCACUACAUGGAGGAACAGUGUGUAACCUAUUAUCUUGAUUUAAAGGUUUAUGCAGUGUUUUGAUUUUAUUUUACUUUCACUUUAUGGAAGAGUUCAAUCACCUGUGUGCUCUUUAAAGAAAAAUAAAAAUCUAUCUUUGUUA